GGGACCAGUGCGCCUCCUCGCCCUGCGAUAUUAUGCCAUCAAAGACGGGUACGACGCAAGCUGUGUGAUGGGUGUCAUAUGAGGUAUGCGAAGGCGAGAGGAAGGAGGGUGAGGGCCAGACAGCGGUGCUGGUGUGGUGCUGGACAGCGGCGGCGGUGCUCUGAACGGCGGCGGCUGGACAACAGAUUAUGACCCAUUCACGAUGAGCGGACAUGGCGUCAUUUUUUCUGGAUCGCUACAAAUGAGUAUGAGGAGUUGCACAUUUACGUGGAAGCUUCAGCGACCCCGCCACAAAAUUUGACUUUCCACGGAACUCCCGGAGAGGAAGGCCCAUCAUCAAUAUAUGGUCGGAGGAACAACCGCCAAACGUUUCAGAACUAUGAAUCUCCCAGAAUUUCAAAUGGAGCAAAACAUUCCGCGCCCAGGGCCUGUUAACCGUCAACUACUCACGUUGCCACUGCGUGCCCAUCGUGCGGACCGUGUAUGGUAUGAACCAGAUUCCAAAGACUCGUGCUUGAAAUGCGUCAAUUGCCCUUCAGCUGCAUUCGGAGAUGAAGAGCGACAUGAAAGAGUGAUAGAUAUGUUAGCAUAUGCUGGGUUCUUGGAGGUAGAGCAUUGGUCGGCUACGGUCAUGCUCAUAUUUUGCAAUAUGGCCGAAAUGCAUUACCCCGAUCGAUUUCUUCGGUAGUUCCAUAUAAGGCAAGAUAUUCCGAAUGCUCCUUUGACGGGUACUGAUAAUCACGGCAAACGUUCCAACAUAGUAACCGGUGCAUUGGCGAUGUGGGCGGCCAUACAACAUAAUAUAUACUUUCUUGAUUAUGAGCGACAUAUGUCCCUCGAAGCAACUAAUAGGUAUCGAAAAUGGUACAAGAAGCAUGGUAUGACACGUGUCCAGAACCCUUCUCACAAUGUGCCCACGACAGGUUACACCCCGACAGCACACGAUUGGGGUAUUGUGAAGCAAGGCGUUCACGAGGUGUAUCAGCUCUUGGCCGACCGCGCGAGUUAUGAGGACUGUCAAAAACGGCUACGGCAGAUGGCCCUGGACGUAGGUGAUGAAGAGAUGCUCCAUCGGGGCAUAUUCCAUUAUGAAGAUGAAGAUGAAGGUGAAAGUGACGAAGAGGAUGAUGCAACUGAACAUGAAGGUGGGGGUGAGGACUCACAAUCGCCCCUCAAUUCUCAACACAGGGUGUCUCAUUUGAUCAAUCACCUCCUCAAUUCUCAACGCAUCAAGGUGUCUCAUUUGAUCAACC